GUCGGACGAGGUCUUUCGAUUGGCUCACCCUUCUCGAUCCUUCUCUUCACACUCAACCGACUCUUCUCUCUCUUCUCUUACACACUUAGUCCUAGUCCUAAUCCUCUGCUCCCUCCCUCGACACUUCGACAACUCUCUUUCUCAACAUGCCCGGCGCAGGAGUCCUCUCUGGCCAAGUUGCGGGUGCCUCGCACGGCAACCCCUUGAAGAACGGUUUCAUCACCCGACAAUACCUCUGGGCGUUCUCUUUGACGACCUCGCUCUUCUUCUUGUGGGGUUUCGCUUACGGUCUGUUGGACGUCUUGAACAAGCAUUUCCAAAACACUCUUCAUGUCACCAAGCUGCAAUCGACCGGACUUCAGGUCGCCUACUUCGGUGUCGGAUACUUUGCCUACUCUCCCGUCGCUGCCAUCGUCAUGAAGAAAUACGGAUACAAGAAGACGUUCAUCAUGGGUCUCUCGCUCUACAGUCUGGGUGCCAUUCUCUUCUGGCCCGUCGCUGCCAUGACGGACAAGACCGACAACAAGCAGGCCAUCUUUGGAGGAUUCGUCGUCUGCACCGCCGUCAUCGCCUGUGGUCUCGCCACCUUGGAAGUCGGCGCCAACUCUUACGUGUCGAUCAUGCCCCCCGUCAGCGUCGCCAACUUUAGGUUGCAGUUCUCCCAGUCGUUCAACGGAGUCGCUUCCUUUACCGGUCCUUUGAUCGCGUCCAAGUACUUCUUCGGAGAAGAUGUGAAGCACAGUAAUAACAAUGUGCAAUACGUCUACCUCGCGGUCGCUAUUGCCGGUGUUUGCGUCGCCGCCGCCUACCUCUUCACCAAGUUGCCCGAGCCGGACUUGUCCGACGCCACGGCCCAGGAGAACCAGAUCAUCACCUCCAUGGACGGUUCCGAGGAGAGCAAGAAGAUGACCUACGCUAGAAUCUUUUACGGUUUCGCCACCCAGUUCUGCUACGUCGGCGCUCAGGUCACCAUCGGUACCUUCUUCUUGAACUACGCUCACGAGAACGGUGGUUUCUCCGACUCCAAGGGAUCGCAGAUGCUCUCUUACGGACUCAUCGCCUUUACCGUCGGCCGAUUUGUGGGAACCGCCCUCUUGGCCUUUAUGUCCGCUCCCCUCCUCUUGGGUAUCUGCACUCUCGCUUGUUGUGCCCUCACCUGCGCCAUCUCUUCUUUGAAGGGGGGUUCCGGUGGUGUCAUCUGUCUCAUCAUCAUCAUGUUCUUCGAGUCGGUCCAGUACCCCAUCAUCUUCGUCUUGGCUACCGGUAACAUGGGUCGAUUCACCAAGAUCGCCGCCGGAGCCGUCGUCAUGGGUGUAUCCGGAGGAGCCGUCUUCCCCCCUAUCCAGGGAGCCAUCGCUACCUCGGUCAACACCCGAGUCAGCUACUGGAUCGCCCUCCCGGCUUUCAUCGAGAUCUUCUCCUUUGCCAUGUGGCAGUGGAAGCGAGCUGGGUUCGCCAUCGGGCUUCCCAAGGACGUCAUCCCCGAGGUCGCCGAGGAGGAGGGCUCGUACCACGGUGGAGACGAGAAGCUCGCCGUCGACGAGCAGCUCGACAACAAGAACGAGAUGGAGUACGUCGAGAGGGCUCGAUACUAGGCGAAAGGGCCUCUUCUGCGCCGGUGCGCAAUCUUGUAGCUUUUUAUAUAUAUUGGUGUUAGUAUAGGGUAUAUAUGUGGGAUCUUCUAGGCUGUCCACGUUUGCUGGAUACAAAAGUAAUGAUAUACAAUCAUUUUCGACUGCUCUUGGUUCUCUUGGUUCUUCUUUCGCGACUGUACGAGGUGUUCUGCGCCUCGUUCUCCAGAUCUUCUUCCUACGGUCCGCUUUACCGUUAU